GUCAACUUGUCAUAAGGAAAUAGGAAUACGAUUUUCAUUUGAUGGUGGAAAUAGAAAAUACAUGAAAAUAACACAGGCCACAGGUGAAAAUACGCAUUUAUAGCUAACUAGACACCAUUCUUCACUAAAUUGACUGGAAAUUCAACGAUUCUCAAGUGAACUUACAAUCCACAAUAAUGGGUGAUGAGCCAGUUAUGGCUACAAACGAUGAUGCUAGCGAGUGCAAAAGAGGGGCUGUGCAGCUAGGCUAUUGGACAGAUGACUACAUAUCAUAUUUUGUGAGACAUGUAGAGCGUAGGGCUCCAGAAAUCAAUAGAGGCUACUAUGCUCGAGUCAAAGGCAUUGAAAACUUCAUACAAAAGUUCAUCAGCAAAGCAGGCAGCACGGCACAAAUACUCAAUUUCGGAUCAGGGUUUGAUACUUUAUACUGGAAGCUCAAAGAUGAGGGAGUACAAAUUGCCAACUAUGUAGAGAUAGACUUUCCUACUGUGACAGCUAAGAAAUGUUACACCAUAAAGAGAAACAAACCAUUAUUGCAAAGGAUACAUGAUCAAGAUGGGGAGGUCAAGCUGAGCUCCACAGACCUGCAUGCUGGAAAUUACCACUGCAUAGGGGUAGAUAUAAGGAAUAUAUCUCAGCUCGAAAUCAAACUGAGGCAAGCAGAAGUGAACUUUGAUAGACCAACAUUGUUCAUUGCAGAGUGUGUUUUAGUGUAUAUUGAGAAUGAGUGUGUGAAUAGACUGCUAACAUGGAUAUCAUCAAAAUUCAAAGCUGGGCUUUUUGUUAACUAUGAAAUGUGUAAUAUGAAUGAUACAUUUGGGGAGGUUAUGUUGGGGAAUUUGAGAGUAAGAGGUUGCAAUUUGGCAGGUAUAGCUCAUUGCAAGAAUCUUGAAAUGCAGAAAGCAAGGUUUAUGAAUAAUGGCUGGUUAGGUUCAAAGGCAUGGGACAUGGUGGAAAUAUACUAUGCAAUUUCACAGUCUGAGAGGCACAGGAUUGAAAAAAUUGAGUUUCUUGAUGAACAAGAGCUUCUUAUCCAACUAUUUCAGCAUUAUUGUAUUUGUAUAGGUUGGUUGAGUCAGGAAUUUUCUGAGCUUACUUGUACUGAUGAAUAAAAUUGUUUGUCUUGAAUUUUAUGAGCCUGUGAUAUGAAAGAAAUAUGAUUUAAAGUAAAUUAUUGAAUCUUUGUUAUACUUAUGUGACAGUAACACAACUCAUUUCAUGUGGUGAACAAAUGAAUUCCUCAAAAAUGAUCCUCCA